AUGUCUGACGAGCAUCAAAAUAGCAUGGGUCCUGUUAUGGAUGCCACACCUGAAAUUCAAGAAUUAAGCGAACGGCCUGAAAUAAAACAUGCAGCAAUCCAUGAACUACAUAAAAAACACCACGAAAAUCAAGUGCAUCAUUUCACUGAAGAACAUCGUGAAAAACAUAUUGCUGCUUGGAAAGUAACAAAAUAUGCCGAAGAAGUGGCGGCCUAUGGCAUCAACUAUUUCAUGAAGGUAUUUAUUGGCGAUGGACUCUUCAUUCAUAUUCGAGUUCAUCGACAAGCACAUCAUGCUAAAUACGAUUUUUAUUCUUUGCAUGAAACAUUCAAGCAUGAUGUUGCAACAUGUGUAUUCACAGAAGGUAUUCAUAAUUUGAACGGAGUAUUCAUACAGGAAAUGGCUGGAGAAAUUGCUGAACAAAUGCGCAACGUUCAAAAGAAAAUUAAGUCAUUGGCAAUUUGUCAACAAGAUGCUUCAAACGAAUUAACUAUGGAUUUUGGUUUUCUCAAAUUCGAUGAGAAUGAAUUGGAUUCAUCUACGCGUCUUUCAGAAUACAUUCGAUUAAGUUUGAAUACAAGUGCUGAAACAGUCGUCAAAUUUAUGAAGGAUGGAUGGGGUUUACCCAAUCCUGACUUGAUCAUAUCUGUCACUGGUGGUGCGAAAAGUUUCGAAAUGUCCACUCGACUGAAGAAAGUAUUUCAACGUGGUUUAGUCGCUGCUGCUGUUAACACCAACGCAUGGCUAAUUACCGCUGGUACAAAUGCAGGUGUUGUGAAAGAAGUCGGUGAGGCUCUGAAUAACUAUCGUUAUAAGAACGAAAAACACGGACUUGAUGUUCCUUGCAUCGGUAUUGGUAGUUGGGGUUAUACAGCAGGAAAUGAAUUGCUCAGUAAGCCUGCUAGUAUUUGGCCAACAUCAAUGAAUGGAUAUUCAAAGGGAUCUCAUCUACUUAUGAAAAGCAUGCGAAGUCAAAGUUUGGACGCUAUUCAUAUGGACGUAGCGGAUGAAUAUUGUGUUAGAAAUUACGUAGUGAAAGAAAAAUUAAAGAAACGAUGUGAUUUAGAACCGAAUCAUACUCAUUUUCUGUUAUUUGACGAUGGUGGCACAAGUGCUGAUACUGUUCUUCCUCUACGAGCCGAAAUCGAAAAAUAUUGUCGUCACAGUUCUUCACAAACAGUUGUAGAAGACGAAACAGAACAAACACUCAUACCUAUUGUUAUGGUUUUGGUUGAAGGUGGUCCAUCAUCCAUUAGAACCAUAUGUCAAGCGCUUGAGUCAAACACACCAGUGGUCGUCGUCAAAGAUUCCGGUCGCGCUGCUGAUCUAGUGGCUGAACUCUAUGCUUGUUACCCUGAGAAUGAGAAUAGUACUGGUAACAAUGUGUUUCCUUUACGGCCACAAACUGCUGCUAGUAGAGGCGAUUCGCGAGAAGUAGAAAUCAAUAAGAUUUUGACAAAAGCAAAAAAUGAUAAUGCUUGGAUUGAUGAAAUCAAAAGUGAUCUGUGUCGAGUAUUAAGCGAACGGCACGAAUUAGUGACAAUAUUCAAAUUCGACAGUAAAAAGCAUAAUGGUAAUCUCGAAGAUGCUAUUCUUGAAGCUUUGUUCAAUGCUGCUAAAUUCUCCGGUGAUACUAAUGAACAACAUCGACGCACCGCUGAACUUAAACUAGCUCUAGCAUGGCAUAAAUUUGAUUAUACCCAAAACUAUCUUCUCACGGAUACAACCAUAUCGAAAUGGAAAGAAAUUAAUCUUCGUCGAGCUCUGGUCGAUGCACUCCGUCGUGGUCACGUUGAUUUUGUUGAGUUACUGAUCGAAUUCGGUACAUCGCUUGAGAACUUAACAGUUGCAGAUCUCAAAGAAUUGUACAAAACAGCAGAUAAACGAUGUGAUUUAGAACCGAAUCAUACUCAUUUUCUGUUAUUUGACGAUGGUGGCACAAGUGCUGAUACUGUUCUUCCUCUACGAGCCGAAAUCGAGAAAUAUUGUCGUCACAGUUGUUCACAAACAGUUGUAGAAGACGAAACAGAACAAACACUCAUACCUAUUGUUAUGGUUUUGGUUGAAGGUGGCCCAUCAUCCAUUAGAACCAUAUGUCAAGCGCUUGACUCAAACACACCAGUGGUCGUCGUCAAAGAUUCCGGUCGCGCUGCUGAUCUAGUCGCUGAACUCUAUGCUUGUUACCCUGAGAAUGAGAAUAAUACUGGUAACAACAUAUUUCCUUUACGGCCACAAACUGCUGCUAGUAGAAGCGAUUCGCGAGAAGUAGAAAUUAAUAAGAUUUUGACAAAAGCAAAAAAUGAUAAUGCUUGGAUUGAUGAAAUCAAAAGUGAUCUGUGUCGAGUAUUAAGCGAACGCCAUGAAUUAGUGACAAUAUUCAAAUUCGAUGGUAAAAAACAUAAUGGUAAUCUCGAAGAUGCUAUUCUUGAAGCUUUAUUCAAUGCUGCGAAAUUCUCCGGUGAUACUAACGAACAACAUCGACGCACCGCUGAACUUAAACUAGCUCUAGCAUGGCAUAAAUUUGAUUACACCCAAAACUAUCUUCUCACGGAUACAACCAUAUCAAAAUGGAAAGAACCUAAUCUUCGUCGAGCUCUGGUCGAUGCACUUCGUCGUGGUCACGUUGAUUUUGUUGAGUUACUGAUCGAAUUUGGUACAUCGCUUGAGAACUUAACAGUUGCCGACCUCAAAGAAUUGUACAAAACAGCAAAUACUAGCAACGCAUUGCCUCUCAAAAUUCGAGCGAAACGUGAUGCAUCCAUGAGAGAUCUAUUCUAUUUAUCAUAUUUUAAAUCAUUGUGCAACGGCGCUAUGGUUGAUCGGACACUAUCGUUAAAGGAUGAGCAACGAUUGGGUCAAAGCGCAUCACGUGAUCUAUUUCUGUGGGCUAUUUUUCUCGAUCGAUUUGAACUUGCCACAUAUCUUUGCUCGAAAACUUGGAAUUCAUCAGUUGCUCCUUUAUUCGGAGCGUUAAUUUACCGACGAGCAGCGCGGCUCACACUUGAUUCAGAAAUGAAACAGCAGUACAUGGGCAAUGCUGAUCAACUAGAUAAUUAUGCAGCAUCGAUUAUCGAUCGGUGUUUUGACAAUGAUGAAGAAUUUGCUGUUGAUAUGCUCAAACGACCAAGUACCGUUUUUUAUAAUAUUACACCCUUACAAUUAGCUGUUAAAAGCAAUUGUCGAUCAUUUAUUGCAUCGAAAUGUGUGCAAAGAUAUAUUGACAAUGAAUGGUAUGGACACAUUAACUACAAACGACAAGCGAUUCAUUUUCGAGUCUUUCUUUGUUCGUUGUUUCUCCCUCUGCUCCCAAUAUUUUGCUUUUUUCUGCCGUAUGUGCAAAAACAUAAAAGACUGGUUCGAAGUGCCCGAGAUCCUUCAACAGUUAGUCAACCCACUAUGAUUCAUAGUGUUAUUCAGCCUGGCUUAAAUCGCGGAAAGGUUUAUCUUGGAAAGAUCGAUAAAAUCGCAUAUUUUUAUCGUGCGCCUAUCGUACGAUUUUAUUACUAUACGAUAUUCUUUGUUAUCUUUCUUGGACUAUUCAGUUUCGUGCUUCUUGCUGAUUAUUUUCCAUGGAAUAAUUAUCAAGAGCAACGUUCAGGAAUUCAAGGUUUACAUAUACCAAUUCCGGAAAUAUUUCUUCACAUUUGCCUUUGGUGUUUAGUCAUAGAAGAAGCGCGUCAACUUAUUUCUGUCGACUCAAAAAGAGAAUUCUUUUCGAGGAUAUGGAAUAUUAUCGAUGUUUUAGGAAUUGUCUUAUAUGUCAUUGGUUUCAUUACAAGAUUUUUCGUUAAUGAGUCACUUUUUACUGUUUCAAAAAUCUUCUUAUGUCUUGAUUUGAUACUGUGGUAUGUUCGAACAUUGAACUUAUUUGCUGCCUAUGAGAAAUUCGGUCUGAAAUUAUUUAUGAUAUUCAAUACUAUGAGAGAUCUUCUGUUCUUCAUCUGUUUUAUUCUGAUCUUUCUAUAUGGCUUUUCGGUGGCAUCAUGGUCAUUAAUUAACACAACAAAUCAAGUGUUCUGGAAUUACAAUAGUGAUGGAUCAUUGUAUAAUGUCAGCACAGCCAAUAAUGGAAAUGACCUGUGGACAUGGCAGACCAUACGUGAUGUCACCAACUAUGGUGUUUGGAAGGUCUUUGGGCAAGUCGAUCCAAUCGAUGGUAAUGACUCAUAUUCGGACGUGGCCUUUGUUUUAGCAAUAUUAUUCGUUGCCAUUGCCAACGUGCUUCUUCUCAACGUACUUGUAGCUUUAUUUAAUCUCACAAUUCAAAAUGUACAAAAUCAAUCUCACGUCUUGUGGCGAUAUCAACGAUUUUUGCUUGUUGCGGAAUAUCGAGACAAACCUCUAUUACCACCACCCUUUAAUAUUUUUUACUACCUUUUUGUUUUUCUCCGAUAUAUUAUCAGAAAAAUGAAGAAUCUUUGUCGCCGUUGUCGACAUGGCGCAACGGUUUCUGGUGAUAAUGUACCAAUCGAUCGAAUUGACGUCAGUGAGAGUAUUAUUCAAAGCGAAGAAUUCAAAAUUACCGAUGCCAUGCAACGUGAAAGUGCUAUAGCGGACGACUACUGGGGAUAUACAUUGAAACACGGAAAGAAAGAUCCAAUGGAAAUUGCAUUACAUGAUAUUGAAGAAAAACUUCAUGACGUAAGACAACAAUUACAAAUGAUUCAUAUUGGUAGCAAUAAGAAUAAUUAUCAACCAUUGAGUAAUGAUCGAAAUUCUUGCCAGUCAGAAGAUUAG